AUGGGUUCCUUGUCUCAGGUAAACUAAAUUAUUAAAUUGUAAUAAUAUAUUUUGUUUUAAUAAAUGUUGUCGAUUUGUAAGCCUAUUGUAAUAUGUUUAUAUGGGUAUUUCAAUGUUUCCACUAGCCUAGUUGUUGAAAGUUUGAACUAAAUUAUGACAAUCUUACAUUCAGAAUUAUGAAUUAGAAAUUACUUUAAGUACUAAAGGCCUCCCUUACUCAGAGUUUGCCCAGUUACUUCAGACCCGUGAGAACCUCUGGGCUGUGUUUGGCAUUGGGGACCGUAGUGGGUGCUCGCCAUUGGCUAUGGGCCGCGACAAUGCGGGCGUCGCAAUCCCCGCCUUCUCCCUGAUUCAAGGCUGUGGGCCUCUAAAGCGGCAUUCCUGUUUUGGCUGUUCAACUCAUUGGAUAAUUAGGCGUGCGCCUUGUCGAUCUGGUGAGAAUCUUCCCAAUCCCAGGCUGUAA